AUGGAUUUUGAAAGCGACGAAGAUGCGGCUCCAAGGCCAUUUAUCGGCCCUUUCGGGGGUCAGCAAGACUGGGUGACUAGAGGCGAACUCCUAGAACAACCCAAGGAUAUAUGGAACCAACCCGACUUACUCCUUGAUUUCGCGAACAAGUUUCACGACCACAUUCGUUCCAAGAAAUGCUUUUCUCUCCUGGAUCACAGUCGACAAACAGACAUCAUGGUGACAAACGAUAUUCUAAGCCGCUAUACAACAAAGGCCGCGCCUACAGUUAUCUCAGUUAAGGAGCAGACACAGGGUAACUCUCCGCCAGAUUGGUCGCGAGCCCUGAGAGCAUUUCAGAAUAGCCGCUUGCAUGCAAAUGUCAAUGAUGACACUUCCUGUCAUUACAGAGGCUUUCUCGGACCGUUCGAGGUGGGGAUCUUCGAAAAUGAGGUUAGAGCCUUCCGACUAUUUUCGAACAAGCGAUUGCCAUCUGGGGAUGAUUGGCUUUUUGAGCAGCAAUGUCGAAGAGCUACGAAAGUAGAUAUCGACGCUGCUCUACUUCAUGCUACCGAAGGUUAG